AAGAAAUUGGCCCGAACCAAGCAGACUGCUCGUAAGUCCACGGGUGGCAAAGCGCCCCGCAAACAGCUGGCCACUAAAGCGGCCAGGAAAAGCGCCCCCUCUACCGGCGGGGUGAAAAAACCUCAUCGCUACAGGCCCGGGACUCUUGCGCUUCGAGAAAUCCGUUGUUACCAGAAAUCCACCGAGCUUCUGAUCCGGAAGCUGCCUUUCCAGAGGUUGGUGAGGGAGAUCGCCCAGGAUUUCAAAACCAACUUGAGGUUCCUGAGUGUCGCCAUUGGUGCGCUUCAGGAGGCUAGUGAAGCGUACCUGGUGGGUUUAUUUGAAGAUACUAAUUUGUGUGCCAUCCACGCUAAGAGAGUCACCAUCAUGCCCAAAGACAUCCAGUUGGCUCGCCGGAUAUGGGGAGAGAGAGCUUAAGUGAAGGCAGUUUUUAUGGUGUUUUGUAGUAAAUUCUGUAAAAUA